GCGCGUUCCGGGCCGCGGGCGGGGGCGGGGGCGGCAGGGUCCUCCGAUCGGGCGGACGGGCGGGCUGAGCGCGGUCGGCCCGCACGGGGGUCCCGGAGCCUGGGCCACAGUGAGCCCGGCUCCUGGCAGCCGUCACGGCCGCCCCCGCUGGGCUGCAGUCCGGCCCGGGGCCCGCAGCUUCUCUCCCUAAGGAACGUCGUGUGGGUGAAUACCCGGUUCCACUCUCUUGGUUCCUUUCUCUGGCUCCAGGGGUCACACACCCAAGCCGUAGAGCCUCCAGCUUCAGCGUCUGUGUCGCAGUUCUCAAGCCCACCAGCCCUUCCGACGUGGCCUGGCGCGGGGUGGGGGGCACAGGUGCGGCUAGUACUACUGUUUUGCUCUAAGCCUGCCUCCUCUCCCAGGAGUCCAAGGGAGCUCUCCAAAUGAUGCUGGGGAAGUGGCCGGGGCCUCGAGCCUCUUUGUGCUGGAGGAGAUGCAGAGCCGGCACCUCUGCCCUGGCGGGGGUAGAAGUGAUGAACAGGAUCCCCUCCAGCCCUGGUCCCGAAGGAGAGCUCCCAGGUGGGGAGAGGUGAUGGGCUGCGCUGUCCCAGCUCUCCCCUGAAGGCUCCCUUUCUAGAGUCGUAUCUGAACCCGGUGGCCGUGUCUGCUGAUGUCCUGGACGUCUUACCCCCUCAUGCAGUGGCUGCAUGGUGGUCAUGGGAUCUUCAGGGCCUGAGUAGCAUGCCUGUGGUUUCCCAGGAAUGUUAGUUGGAGGCCAGUUUGAACUCAGGCAGUUUGUCUGUAGAGCUCAUCACGCUGCAGUAGCCUCUCUGCAGCACAUCCUUUCCCCGAGCUCCAGCCCCAGUGAAUGACAGAAAUGUCUUUUGCCCACCUAGGGUCUGAGAGAUGCCAAUCUAACCGAGUCUUCAGGCGAUACCUUGCUCCUGUCCACAGAGGUGGGACUUUUUGUAGAUGUAACAUUGUAACGGUACCUGAAUAAUGGUGAUAACUGCAGCAUCCCUCUUUUGGAGAAUACAGAGAGAAAUGAGUGGGGAGGGGGGUCUCUGUACUUUCACAAGCCUAACUUGGUGGCUCCAGCCCUUCCUGGAGUGAUGGUGAUGGAUUCCUGACUCUCCUGGAAAGGUCCUGGGGACGAUGCAAGGCUGAGCUGAGAAGGCCCAGACCACAUGCACAAGCCAGUGAUGGAAGGGGUGCUCAGGGAAGCAGCUGACCCAGAAACAGGGCGAGGCCUUGAACCAGGUCAAGGAGCUGUCAGGCAUGUCCAGUGCUGCCUCGGGUUGUGGAAGAUGACUGUUGAAAGGGCACUGAACUUGUCAGGAAAGGAGACCAUUGGCAUCGUUGGGCAGAGCCUUGGGAGCAAAAACCAAAUGGCCAUGGGGUGGGGUGGGAGGAGGAGAUAGCAGCUAGCAGCUGGCUCAGCCUUAAACGAGUCACCUCCCUAAACCUCAUGGAUGGUUGUGAGGAAAGAAGAAAAGCACACGCCAGGCACUCGGUCCCCAACACGGCUGCAGUGGCAGAAGCUCGGGUUGAUGACAGUGGCGGCUGCAGGGCAGCACAGAGGUGCAGAUUCUCCUGGAGCUCUAGUCCGUGUCUUCCUCGUGUGUCUUUUUACUCUUUUUCCCAUUAUUCCCAAGGGUGAAGCUUUGCAAACCUUCCUGCUUCCUUUCUUUAGGCUGUAAGCAGCAGACAGCGACCUUGGCCAGCUUGUAAGCCCAAGGCUGUAACGCCCUUCCACCAGUGCAGACCAGCUUCUAGUGCCUGCAGCGGGCACUGCCCCCUCACCAUCUCUGAGCCCCUCUGGGCUGCUCACAGGCUCCACUCCCAGGCUAAGCUUCCACUUCAUUCGCAGCACUGAGGCUUGCCCCAUCUCUCAGCAUCAACUGUGUAUUUAGACAGUUUCAUGUUAUAUUUUGUCCAGCAAAUUCUAUAUGUUAUAACAGAAGAGUGGGCCACGUUAGCCUUGGAUGUUACAGAACCGAUGUCUGGCGUAUUUUUACUUCCUUUGUUCAUUUCAUUCAGGUUUCUUUAAAUGAAAGACUAUCAAUUUAAUUUUGCUUGAAUUCACAGAAGAAAAAGGAGCUAAGCAGAAACUGAAAGAUUGCUGAAUUUAAGAUAAAUGUUUAUUCAAAGCAAGGUCUGCGCCAGUGAGGCCCAUGAAGAGCGAGAGGUCACCUCACUGUUGGUCGAAGCCUAGGUUGGAGUGACAUUGGACUUCUCAGGCGAGUGCUGGUUAGACACUGUCCUGCCUGCUGGACACCUUGUCCAAGAGGUUGGGUGCUGCAUGCCUAGUUAUUCUCUCAAACCUUUCAUUUGGCUAACUCCUUCCACCUGUCUGGGGAAGAGAAGCGGGCAGAAUAUGUCAGGGAGCAUCCUUCCUCGUGACACCAGAGGCACAGGGAUGGGCUGCCUGCGGCGCCUGAUGUGUACUAGGGCCUCUGAGCGCCUGUGCUGGCGACGCUGCUGCUCAGAACGCCAGGUGCCUCUGUGUGAAUGAACUUGAAGAGUGCCAGAAAGUGUUGCAGGUGGAUGGGUAUAGUGUGAUCCCAUGUUUGUAUCUGAAAAUCUCGUGUACCUAAGUAAAUGUAUUAUUGUUUUUGUUUAAUCAGAGGUCUGGAUGAAUGUGUAUAAACUGAACAGCUAACAGUGGUUCUCUGUUGGAUUGCUGGGGGUUAUCAUAGUCUAUAUUUUAUGUUUACCCCUUGAAAUAUUUUUACAAUGUGUAUCUUAUGUUUUUAAUCGCUAAGAAUUAACAAGAUAUAAAAGUGAAGUAAAACAGGAUAUGAGACUGAGGAGUGUGGUCCUGAUUUCAUAAUACAUUGGUGCAGAAAAGCACUAGAGGAAAAAUGUCCCUGUGUAAUCUGAGUGGUGGGGUUAAGGGUAAUUUUAUUGUUAUUUUUUAAGUUUUUCUUGAAUAGCAUAGUUUACCUUCAUACCUUGAAAAAAUAACUAGUUAAAAGUAAUUUUUAUAAGCAGAAAAUAUUUUAAACCAAGUUAGUGGGCCUUUAACUCGGAAGAACAUUCUCAGCGAACGUCGCCAGGCAGUGGUCGUAAAUGCUGUGUCACAGGGCACCCCGAGAGGGCUGCUGCUCCCGGAAGCUGUGUUGCAAAUCUCACACAGAGAGAAAUGCUUCGCGUAGACUUGUGCUCAGCUUCUCAUCCUCAUUGCCAGCUCUUGGUGUGCGGGUUCAGUUUCUCUAUCAUCACAGGGAACGUUGCAUCUGAAUAGUCACGUUGUCUAAUAGCCGUAUUUAAGCAUGGGUUCAUUUUGCUGUAACAGAGAUUCAAAAAUAGUGUUUCCAACAGGAAACUUGGUUUCUCGUGUUCCAUCUCACAGGCAGGUGGGUGGCUCUGCCCCUCCAGCGCCCUGGAGCCUACCAUACGUCACUGCAGGUGGGCGAGAGGGUGGGAGACGGGUGGCAUGCGCACAUCCAUUCCUGUCUCACAGCUGGAAUCAGUCACAGGGUCACACCUCACUUCAGGGAGCUUCAGGAAAUGAAGUCAUUCACUGCUGUGUGUCCACUAAAAUUUCUGGAGGGGUUUCAAUCACUCAGAGGAAGCAGGGACGCCGGGCAGUGUGUCUCUGCCACAGUUUACCCCAUCGGCCACCCUGGGGCCCACACCAGGCCAUGCUCAGUUACUGCUUCCAGCCCAGAGCCAGGGUCUCUGUGUGUGGCCUUCUCCCCGCACCAGGGCCUCUUCACGUGGCCACAGUCUAAACUCAGACAAGUCCCGGCCUCCCCAAAUGCUGUCUCCUCACCCACCACAUAGAUGCCCCCACUCAGGAAGGGGAAGAACCCCAAACCCACGGCAGUCGCUGGUCCACAGCGGCUGCAGUUCCCAGUGGAGUCUGCGAGGGCGGCCUGAACUGGUGGCCACUGAAGCGAAGGAGUCCCAGGACCCAGCGGAAAUGAGCACCUCUGUCGACCAGAAGACAAGCACAGGACCAGUUAUGGCAGCUCUGUCCCCAAGCCCGAGCUGCCAGCCCCUCGGUGUUGGUGGAUAGGAGAGAGGAAGGCGCGUGGCGGUGUGUUCACGCAGUGGAGGCCGCACACCGUGAGGUCUGUGCCACACAAGUGACCUCCCCAGUGCGGCGCUCAGCGGCAGCAGACACAUGGUGGGGGCAUGACAGCGCCCGGGAGGUAAUUAGAUAGUGUGGAACGUUCUACAACCUUAGGGGUAUUCUAAAAAGCACUGAAUUGUGCACUUUAAAAUGGUGAAUUUUAUGGUGUGUGAAUUCUAUCUCCAUAAAAAGUGGGUACAUGUUGAAUAAAAAGCAGACACAAAACAUAACUGUAUGAUUCCAUUUAAUUGAAAUAGAAAACAUGCAGAAUUCACCUAUAAUAAUAGAGAUGGUUCCCUUUGGAGGGGGAGCCUCUGGGCUAUGGAAGUGUUGGUGGUUAGGCAGGUGUACGCCAGGAGUUCAUCGAGAUGUGUGCACUUGAUGCGAGCUGCCCCUCGCGAAGAAAAAAGAACAGCCUGUUGGGAAGAAGCCCUGCGGCCCUAGAGCUCGUGUUACCUGGUUACACCGCUUUCCUGCCCCCGGGCUGCUCCCCUCUGCUUGGCUGUGCCCUCAGGGGCACAUCCUUGUCCUUGGCAGCCACGUUGGAAAUGGGUUCUGGAGGGCAUCGCUUUGUGGGGCUGCAUAGCAACUGGUCUGCUUCCCACUGGUGCAGAUUUGGGGUGAGAGGUGAUCAUGCAGGGUCGUCUUGGACGGAGCUCCUGGGAAGUGGGCGCAGCUGGGGGGCACGCUCGGGGAUGCACCUGUGAGGAAGGAGGGAUCGGGCAGUGGGUUUGAAACAGGCCCAGGCACAUCCCAGUGGAGCUUUGGGGCUGGAUGACCCUUCCGAGUUGCCCCAGGUGGAGACUGGGGUGCUCUGCGCUCUGUCGUGGGCUGGGCCCCAGCUGGGGUGUGGCAGGCAGGGUCCUGAGAUGGCCCCAACUGUGCACCCCUCCCGGCUGCCAGGGAGGGCUCUGGCGGUCAGUUGACAUAAGGUAGUCGGGGAGCCCUCGGAAAGCAGGCUUUCUGCAGCUGGUCACGGAAGAGAAUCCGAGAGGGCGUCUGAGCUGCUCCUGCCUGGAAGGUGCGGGUGCUCCCGAGGGGCCACCAGCUGGUGAUCGGGGACAGUUCCACAAGCGCAGGGGACCGCCUUCUGCCAACAACCUGAGCGUGUGGAAAUACGUUUUCCCAGAGCUUCCAGAAGAGAUCUCAGCCUGGCUGACACCUUGUGCGACCCUCCUCAGGGGCCCCAGUCGUACCAGGCUGGGCUUCCGACCUACGGCCCUGUGAGAUGGGAGCUGGGUCCCUUUUCUGUUGGAAGUCUGAGGUGACUGUUACAUAGCGAUGGAUGGCUCGCCACGGAGAGGGCGUGACUGCAACGGAGCUCAGCUCCGGGUGCAGGUGCGAGAAUUCCAGAGCUGGAGAAGGGAGCUGGGCACAGCGUCCCAGAGACCGUGGGAGGUUAAAUAAGCACAGGCUUUUCCAAAGCAAACACACCUGUGGAGCGAGGCCCACAUGCAGGUCACCAGAACCCUGAGGCCUCCCUGCACCCCUGCCAACCACGAUCUUCUCCCUAGAGACCAUCAUUGACUCGAGUCUCCCCCCAUGGUUGGUUUCGUGUGGUUCUGAACUUUGUGUGAAUAGGAUCAUACGCUAUGAACUCUGGCUCACCGUUACAUCUGUGAGGUUCACCUGCGCUUUUGUGGGGGGCAGGUCUUUUCAUUGCUAUGCAUUCCUCCCUUGUUGGAGGACUCCUCAGUUUACCCUUUCUUCUGUUGAUGGAUAUUUUGGUGAUAUGAACAGGGCUGUGGUGAAAAUUCCAACCCCAGACUUCUGCAGGGCGGGGCCGGGGGUGCACAGGUGGACGUCUUUACCUUGGAUUCGAUCAAGGACAUUUAACCCUGGAAGGAGGGAGGGUGUGGUGUGGGCGCAAACACAGGUAGGUUGGUAAAUGUGGGAGAAAGUGGGCAUUCUCUUCUCAUUGCUUCUGUUUGCUCACUGAAGGAAGAUGCAAGGUCAUCGUCCCUGAGAGGAAGGACGGCGUGUUGGACAUUUGAGAGGAGAGGAGAAACCAGGAGAUGAUCUUACAGGGGAGUUGGCCAAGUGUAGAAAUUGCCGGCAGCUCUCAGGGUCCGUUAGGCAACUGGUUAUAAAUGUAGAGAGAACUGAGUUGGCAGGGGUGCAGACACCGAUCAGGAAGGAAGCUGAAUUUUACUCAAGUUGGGGUUUUCCCGCACAAGUAUGAUAGAGGAGGGGAAGGGCAGGGGAGUUAGGAUUAAUAUGCAAGAGAAUGAGUGGAAUAUAUACCCCAAAUGAAUAUAAUCCCAUCGACCAUCUAGGCUGGGGAAGGAGGGGCAGCGCAGAGGUGGUUAAGAGCAAUCCAUCUGUGUUUCUUUGGAAUAUGUCUUGACUUUUGAGUGGAGUCCAAGCCACAUCCCUGCCCAUCUGCCAUCGGCCAGUCUGUCCCCUGGAGUUGGUGUUAGCGGUGGAGCCCAAAGAGGCCUUCGCCAGCGGAGAGGCCGGCGGGGUGAGCCGAGCACGGUGCUGGGCCGGGAGUGUGGGCAGAGGGAACGUUUUCCUCUCUCCCACUCCUUGGAUAUGCGUUUUGCUACCCGCCCGCCCGCUCCAGCAGAUUCCCGUCUGUUAAGAAAGGGGAAAGAUAACCGUACUCUCUUUGAUUGCAGACUGACGGGUGACUAGAAGGUGACUCCAGAGGCUGAAUUUCUGAGCAUGGAAAUCUGCAGAAGACAGUGUCCGAAGCCCUCACAGUGAUGGAGGUCGCUGCCCCUGCGCCUGGCGGGGGCCCUGAACCCAGAUUAGGGGGGCUGUUGGGAAACCUGGACGGGCAGAGCCUGCGGAGCUGCCCCUCCCAGGAGGGAGGUUUCAAGCAGGUGACAGUUACCCACUGGAAGAUCCAAACAGGAGAGGCAGCGCAGGUGGGCAGUAAGUCAGGAGGAAGCCCCGUCCUGAGCUCAAACCUCCUCCUGCUUCAGAGAGAGCUGAUCGAAGGGGAGGCCCACCAGCGCGAGGCUUGCGGAAGCUUCCCAUUUAAUUCGGACCUGGUCAGACAUCAGGUUUCUCAGGCUGGGGAGAAGUCUCACAGACGUGACGAGUGUGGGAGGGGCUUCGGCCAGAGCUCCCACCUCGUGGAGCAUCCGCGCGCUCACGGCGGAGACAGACUCUACGUGUGUAACGCGUGUGGGAAAGACUUCGUUCUCUACGCGGAUCUUGUGGAGCAUCAGAAAGCGCACGCGGGAGAAAGGCCCUUCAAGUGCGCUCAGUGUGGGAAGGCGUUCUGUCACAGCUCAGACCUGAUCCGCCACCAGCGCGUGCACACCCGGGAGCGACCUUUCGAGUGCAAGGAAUGCGGGAAAGGCUUCAGUCAGAGCUCUCUGCUCAUCCGGCACCAGAGGAUCCACACUGGGGAGAGGCCCUACGAGUGCAACGAGUGCGGCAAGGCCUUCAUCCGGAGCUCCAGCCUCAUCCGGCAUUACCAGGUCCACACGGAGGUGAGGCAGUACGAGUGUGAGGAGUGCAGGAAGGCCUUCCGCCACCGCUCGGACCUCAUCGAGCACCAGAGGAUCCACACCGGGGAGAGGCCCUACGAGUGCAACGAGUGCGGCAAGGCCUUCAUCCGGAGCUCGAAGCUCAUCCAGCACCAGAGGAUCCACACUGGAGAGAGGCCUUAUGUGUGCAACGAGUGCGGGAAGCGUUUCAGCCAGACUUCGAACUUCACUCAGCAUCAGAGGAUCCACACUGGAGAGAAGCUCUACGAAUGUAACGAGUGCGGGAAAGCGUUCUUUCUGAGUUCGUACCUUAUUCGACACCAGAAGAUCCACACUGGAGAGAGGGUGUAUGAGUGUAAGGAAUGUGGGAAAGCUUUUCUCCAGAAAGCCCAUCUCACUGAGCAUCAGAAGAUCCACACUGGGGACAGGCCCUUUGCGUGUAAGGACUGUGGGAAAGCCUUCAUUCAGAGCUCCAAGCUCCUCCUACACCAGGUGAUUCACACUGGAGAGAAGCCCUAUGUAUGUAGUUACUGUGGGAAAGGCUUUAUUCAGAGGUCAAACUUCCUUCAGCACCAGAAAAUUCAUGCUGAAGACAAACUCUAUGAAUGUAGUCAGUAUAGGACAGAGUUCACCUCAACUCCAAACUUUAAAGGCAGCCAAGAGGUUCACCAAGAGGGACUCCCCUUGAGUCAGACCCCCAUACAUUUGGGUGAGAAGUAUGUAGGUCAGGGGGAACACACAGACUUGUAACUAUUCUCCAACUCACUGAGUGAUAGUCGAAGCGAGUGGUGCGAGCCCUAAGUCAUGCGGCUUUGGACGUGUCACCAUUUCCCAGAGUCGCCGGCAGGGCUGCCUCUGGAGUGGGCUGCCACCUCCCACUUGGCUGCCCAGCCGGCCCGCUGUCUUCCUCCUCCGUUGGGAGCACGUGCCCGCGGGAGAGCCACGUGACUGGACAGCUGACUUGGAGCUGGACCAGCCUGGGGGGAGGAGCUCGGCCUCGGGAGAAGGUUCUUCUGUUUCAUUGCACAAUUACAAUUCACCCCAGAGUUAAAUCCCUUCUAAAGUAGAAUUAUGUACCUAAUCGUAUCACUUUAAAAGAGUAUUCCUUAGCAUUUUUUUCUUUUUUUCUUUUUUUUUUUUUUUGCGGUAUGCGGGCCUCUCACUGUUGUGACCUCUCCCUGUUGCGGAGCACAGGCUCCGGACACGCA